AUGGUCAAGGCGGAUAUCAAACGGGACUACUAUGCGGACCUGGAACUGGCCUCCAACGCAGACACGGAAGAGAUCAAAAGACAGUUUCGACUUCUGGCGAAGCAAUAUCAUCCCGAUCGCAACCCCGGCCAUGAAGUCGAAGUCGUCCCCAAGUUCCAGGCCGUCCAAGCCGCGCAUGAGAUCCUCAGCGACCCAGUAGAGAAAGCCAAAUAUGAUGCUGGUCGGGCAAGGCUCGCGGCUAAAAUCGCGGCUGCGAAUACGAAUUACACCUCUGAUCCCUACAGCUACACAAGGCCAACCAAUCCUAAACCUGCUAAACAGCAAUCUCCCUUUCCACCACCGCCCAAGUCGACAGCACAGCGCCCGCCCCAGCCGCCGAAUCAGCGCCCACCGGCGUCAGCUGGUGCCGACAAGUUCAAUGCCUUCACCCGUGGUGCGCCGUCAUGGGAUCGGGCAAAGUACGACGAAGCGAGAGCAGAGGCUGCUGCUAGGGCAUUUCCCAACUUGAGACCUACGUCGUCUGGACAACCCAUGCCACCACCGCCCAGGUCGACACCCCGGGCUCCAACUGCGCCCAAAUCAUCGUCCACUUCGGACAUGCCCCAUGUUCCAAACGUCCCGCCGACAAGUUUCCCCGGCAUGUCGAGGACAACGAGUUCAAGAGGGAGCUAUCAAGCCGCCGACAUCCAGCAAGGUCCUCGCUCGGCCUUUUCAUAUGUGUCCGGGACACGAGGGCCGCAACAGCCCAAUCCUCAUAUCAAUGUGCAAGAACCCUACUCCAUGCGAUCACCACCAGUGUCAAGGGUCAGACCCUCGGUGAGUCCUCUGCGCCACACCAGAUCUUCAGACUAUGACAUGAGGUAUGAUCUUGGAGCACGUCCACCAUCAAGAUACAGUGGUACCGGAGGAGAGAGAACAGAUCUUCAUGGGGACGGACUGCACCGCUCGUCAAGCGUCCGUAACUCGCCCAUUGAUGAUCGAGGUCCAUUCGGCAGGUCGACAGCUCGAUUUGAGAAUCUGCCUCGGCAUCGCAGCGCAAGUCCCGGUAUGAGAGGUGGCGAUAAUGGAGAUUUUUCCGAGUCAUCGAGCAGUGAGGAAGAGACGUUGCAUAUGAAUUCGCGGCCGAAGGCUCAACCUCGAUCAACCCGGCCCCAGAUGCGUUCAAACCUUAGCUACGACAUCUCGAACAACCCUGGUUUGACGGGUCAAUAUCCCAGUACUAACUACAACAGAAUUGUUGACGAGAGCCGCUAUCAGUAUCCUCCGCCCGAACCGAGGGAGCCCAGUCGCAAGCCCUUUCCGGACGUGGCCUCCCUGGACGCGGAGAAGCCCAAUGAGUUGCACGGCGAUGAUGGAGGACAGGAUAAGCCCGAGUAUGCUCCCCCUACGAUGGAUUCCCACGCAUGGUCCCAAAACUUGAGUCGCAGUCACAGAGGGUAUUCUUUCAAUGGAUUCCCUCCGUGGGCGGUUCCCUCAAGCGUCUUCCCCGUGACGAAGCCCCUCGGGAAAAGUGACAUGCGCCCGAGCAGCUAUCGUUUUCUUCACAUGUGCAACAGUAGAGCUGACCAAGAUGUUAGUAAUGCGUCUGUCCAUCCGAAUGCGCAGUCCACCUUCGACGCGGCAAAAUGGCAUGACGAGCUGAAGUCAGACAAUAUCUUCCGGCCUGACGAGUCGCAAAUGCGGAAAUCGCCGUCGAAAACCAGUCGGCCCGGAAGCAAACCGGCAACGGGCAGGGGUAGAGCUCAAUCCAGAACCACAGAGGAUCCAUCCCUUCCCACGAUGUCUCCAAAUGGCGGUAAGCACACAGCAUUCCAACCUGGAAAGCUGGCAGACGAUUUCGCCGCUCGAGCGACAGGCAAAUCGAAGACCACGCGCGUAUCUCCUGAUUCAGAUUCGUCGGUGGACUCUCGAGAUCGCUAUGUGGUGGUGGAGGAAGACGCAAUGGACGUUGACGCACCCCCGACAAACGGGCCCCAUCCUACCGUCCCCAACGGUGUUAAGGCCGCGGCGACCGAGUCACCACGUGAGCAAAAGCGUCGAUCUUCGCACGGAGGAGUUGAUCUGAAAGACUUCACUCAGCAAGCACCAUUUGCAUCAACAUCUGCGGGCCUUGGAAGCUUGAAGGACGAUCUUGAAACCCAUCUACCCUUCGAGUCUCGCGCGGCAAAGGAUGUGAACUUGAACCGGACCGUGUCCGCACGGCUUCGAGCGCUGAAUCUCCCAAAACCACCAAAACAUGUCGUUCCGCCCGCGGAUGAUCGACUGGAUAAGCCGAACUUCGACCAGUACGUGCAGAACAUGCAGAACUAUAUGCGCGAAUGGAACCACUUCAAUGCCAAGAUGAUCGAGCAUUUCCGCGCCCGUCAAGAUAAGGUCUGCGGCACCAUGAGCCAGAACUGGAUUGCACAGUUCGGUGAUGGCCCCGACGCGGAGGCAUUAGAGAAAGACGAGAAAGGAGAUAAGCAGGCGGGCUACGCGGCUUAUAUGCAGUGGUUGAAAGACGACGGACAGUGUCGGGAUUGGUGGGAGGAGGCGAAUGAGAAGCACUUGAAGUGUUUGGAGGAUUUGGGGAGGGUGAGGGAGCUGGCGAAGAAAAAGUUGAGGCCUGCAUGA